CGACAGGCUCUGAGCGCUCGGGUCGGCCGCACGUCUGUCCCGCAGGUGUUUAUCUCUGGCCAACACAUCGGCGGUUGUGAUGACACACAUCGGGCCAGAGAUGACGGACUGUUGGCUAAACUAUUGAAAGGACACGACUAUGACUACGACCUGAUUGUGAUUGGGGGCGGAUCUGGAGGUUUGGCCGCAUCUAAGGAAGCGGUCAAAUACAACAAGAAGGUAGCGGUUCUGGACUUUGUUGUGCCAACACCUCUGGGCACAGCAUGGGGAUUGGGCGGAACGUGUGUUAACGUUGGAUGCAUUCCCAAGAAACUGAUGCAUACGGCGGCUCUAAUCGGACAAACACUGAAAGACGCCCCACAUUAUGGCUGGAAUAUACCGGGAGAGAUCACUCACGACUGGAAUCGCAUGAAAGAUGAGGUCCAGAAUUAUGUCAAAUCUAUUAACUUUGGAUAUCGAGUGCAACUCCGAGAGAAUAAAGUGGAUUAUAUCAACGCUUUUGGAUGUUUUGUCGAUUCGCAUACCAUUAAAUGUGUCGACAAGAAGGCCAAAGAGACAACUCUUACUGCAGACAAGUUUAUAAUAGCUGUGGGCGAAAGACCUCGAUAUCCGACAGACUGUCCCGGAGUUAAAGAGUUUGCUAUUACUUCUGAUGACUUGUUUUCUCUGCCCUAUUGUCCCGGAAAGACGUUAGUUAUCGGCGCUUCAUAUGUGGCUCUGGAAUGCGCCGGUUUUCUU